AUGUCUUCUGUUGUCAAAGAAGAAGAGGAAGAUGAUCAUUUUACAGCCCCCUCUUCUCCUCCUGGAACUCCGCUCCCUGACGGGAAUGCUACACCAGAUAUUUCGUCAGAGAAGACCGACGAACAUCCUGAGGCCGAUAAGAAGCGUCGAAAAACCACUGGCAAAAACGCAUCAACGAAGAAGCCUUCAGAGGAAGUCCUCCAGAGGCGGCGUGAGGGACGUAUUAAAGCUGCGGCGACAAUUGCCCAAAACUUGAAGAAGACAGGCAUUGGCCGUUUUGAAGACCAAAACCACUUUUCGCUUACUAGCGUGAAAACAGUACCUUUGAUCAACCAAAAGAAUUACUUUGCAGAUUACUUGAAGAAAGAUGAGCAGGCGAUGUUGAUUCGGAAUUGGAGGACAGAAAAGUUGCUUCAAACACAGACAAAAGAUCCCUCGAAAACCUCGUCUUCUGCCGACGGUAAGAAGAGCGCAAAUGGGGAUGAUGAUGAUGACGAUGAAGAUGAUGACGACAAUGAGGCAGAAGAGGGUGUUCAAGGAAAAGGAAGUAUGGGCCAUGAUACGAUUGUCAUACACCCUGGAUCUGAAUUUAUGAGAAUAGGCCGUGCCACAGAUGGAUUGCCACAUUCGGUGCCAAUGGUCAUUGCCAUCAAAAACAAUCAAAAAGAUAACAGUGAAUACCCCAUUAUCCCCCAAAGAACCGAAUAUGAUAACGGUGAAGUUGAUUUUGGAGAGCUGUUUGAAGCAGUUAAAGGUGUGGUAACCAAGGAUUUCAAGGCAAGAAUGCGUUACUACAAGCGCAGGAUGAAUCCAAACUCCCGAGAUAGCGCUGCUGCAUUCAAUAGAAAACAGGAACCGGAAGAAGUUCCAGAAGGUUAUGAUCCUUCUAAAAAAGAUUGGUUUGAGAAAGAUGACGUCCUUCUAAAAGAACGCCAGUACUUUGCAGGAGAUGAAGCUUUGAAAUUACCCAUAAAUGAGUCUUAUCGUGACUGGAAGUUGAGAUUUCCAAUUGUCAAUGGAUCUUUUAAUCAAUCUCUUGAGGAUUAUCAAUCGCCGCAAGAGCUUCUAGGUGAUUUAAUUCGCAUUACGAAUGAGGCAUUGAAAACAAUAGAUAUUACAACGGCUGAAGAGCUUACAAACUUGAAGUGCUUGCUUGUCAUUCCUGAGUUAUACGACAAAGUUUAUGUCGAAGCAUGGGUCGAUUUGUUAAUCAACUCUGUUGGAUUUGGACGAAUUGGAAUCAUUCAAGAAGCUGUUGCAUCUACUUUUGGAGCUGGUGUUUCAUGCGCAUGUGUUGUUGAUGUGGGAGCAGAGAAAACCUCUAUUGCAUGCGUUGAUGAAGGUAUGGUAAUCAAUGACUCGCGUGUGAGACUUGAUUACGGGGGCAAGCACAUCACAGAAGCGUUCACAAAACUCAUGUUACAGCAAGGUUUCCCUUAUUCAGAUAUUAACUUGGCAAACCAUAAUGAUGAUUGGGAAUUAGCUGAGGAUUUGAAAAAGAAUUUCUGUACAUUCAAUGAUGCGGACAUUGCCGUUCAGUUGUACAACUUCCACAAGCGGAAGCCUGGUGAAAAAACUCAAAAAUACAAUUUUAAAGUAUACGACGAGGUGAUGUUAGCACCACUCGGAUUGUUUUACCCGGGUUUAUUUCAAAUCGAAGAGGUAUCCCGACCAAGAAACUUAUUUCCGGAGUCUCAAGACCAUUACUCUGGGGAACCCAACAAUCCGUAUUCCAAAGCACAAGAGAACUUGGUGAAUAAAACGUGUUUUUCUGACAUGACGGACGAAAAGCUUAUUCUAAAACUUCUCGAGGACAAGACUGUCUUCAAACAAGCCAAUGUCUACGCCAAACCGCGUGCGCCACGCUCUCUUUCAGCUGAGGAAGUGCAAAUACCUUUAACUAUGCCUUUGGAUAAGGCGAUCAUCGAGUCGAUCACAUAUGCUGGUAUUGCCACGGAUUUCAAUAAGACAAAAAAAUUAUAUGAUAAUUUGCUUAUUGUUGGAGGCGGGCUCGCCAAGUUCCCUGGAUUUGAUGUGCUACUCAACGACCGCAUCAAUAUUUGGCGUCCGAAGUUUCUUUCCUCCAGUGGUCUCGAUGAUGUUUUGAAUUAUGCCAACAAGGAAAAAGAAAAAUCGGAAGCCAAACGCAAAGACAUGAUAGCGGAAGCCAAAAAGAAAAAAGCUACAGGAGACCAAAGUGUCGAUGAUGUGGAAUUGAGCGAAAAAGAAAUUAAGGAUAUUGAGGAGGCCACUGGCUUGUUCCUCGACUUGGAGAAAGCGGACAGUUAUUCAGAUCAAGGUGCACUCAUUCCUGUUAAUGUUCUUCCUGCACCACGAGAGUUUGACCCCCAAGAAUUGUGUUGGAAAGGAGGUAGUGUUUACAGCAGAUUGAAGGUUGUGAAUGAGAUGUGGAUCACGCAGAAAGACUGGGAUUUGUUGCGGACCAGGUGUCUCUACUACAAAAGUUUGUUUAAUUAUUAG